AUGACGGCCGAGACCAGCACCACGCCCAUCUCGCUCUCAUAUUGGAAGGACGUGGAGUCGCUGCGGGCGUUCGCGCAGGGUCCAGCGCAGCGUGCGGGCUGGGACUGCUGGAACCGGACCAUGAAGUCGCAUCCGCACAUUGGCAUCAUGCACGAGGUCUUUGCGGCGCCGAGGGGUCACUGGGAGAGUAUCUGCGUCAACAUGGAACCCUUUGGGAUGGACCAGAUGGAGCUUCCCGGCGGCGAGGGUGCGGGUGGAUUGAGGAGUGCGCUUGUCCGAGCCCAGGGCCCCAAGUGGAUGUCAAUGUUGGGCAGGAUGAGCAGGGUGGACAUGUUUGAAGGCUACGAGGCUGAGGAAGAUUGA